GAUUUCUUUUCCAGAUAUACCAACCACAUGGCUCAAUUAUCUACUAGCUAGUUGACUGUGACCGUCCAACUCUUGCUUUUUGUUUCUCUUUAAAAUUCUACCAAGUUAGAAAAAUCGAUCAAAAUAUGUGACUUCUUCUCUUCUCUUUUCUUCUUUCCUCUCUUAGAAAUUGUGAACCAAAACCCAAACGUUUGAGCCUCUCUCCGCCAUGAGAAUCAAUCCGAAAGAUCCAGCUGAAAGCCUGUACCCAUGGACCUCCACCAAGAUCACAAUAUGUUUCUUGCUUGUGAUCUCCUUUACGUAUAUCUCUUACUCUCUAAAAUCUGUCUUACCUUCUAAUCUUUGUAGGGAACAAUAUUCUGUCACGUCCCAUCUCCAAUCCGAGGCUCCCGCCACCCCAUCUCAGCCGAUAUCCCCACCGGUACCGGCACCCCUGGAACCCCAAGAGCCCAAAACUAACUUAUCCCACAUAGUUUUUGGCAUUGCAGCUUCAGCCAAUCUGUGGGGAAAUAGAAAAAAAUACGUGAAGCUAUGGUGGAGGCCGGACCAAAUGAGAGGCAAUGUUUGGAUGGAUCAGCCGGUAAAAGUUGAACCGGAGGAUGAACACCUUUUGCCGCCAAUAAAGAUAUCUAGUGACACUUCCAAGUUUGCAUACACUCACCGGAAAGGCCACCGGUCAGCCAUACGCUUGUCACGUAUUGUUACGGAGAAUUUCAGGCAAGGCAUGGAGAAUGCUAGGUGGUUUGUGAUGGGGGAUGAUGACACAGUUUUUGUUCCUGAAAAUCUGGUUAGGGUUUUGCAGAAAUAUGACCAUAACCAAUUUUAUUACAUCGGAAGCUCAUCGGAGAGCCACUUGCAGAACAUUUAUUUUUCACAUAAUAUGGCUUAUGGAGGAGGUGGGAUUGCUAUAAGUUACCCUCUAGCCAGAGCCCUAGAGAAAACGCAAGACAAGUGCAUUGCUCGGUAUACUGGAUUGUAUGGCUCGGAUGAUAGGCUUCAGGCUUGUAUGGCUGAGCUUGGUGUUCCUCUCACCAAAGAACAAGGGUUUCACCAGUUUGAUGUAUAUGGAAGCGUGUUCGGACUCCUUGCAGCUCAUCCGGUCGCGCCCCUUGUGUCACUUCACCACCUAGAUGUCGUUGAUCCCAUAUUCCCCAACAUGGAACGAGUCCAAGCCCUACAAAGGCUUAACGUUCCCAUGAAGAUCGACCCGGCCGGACUCGUUCAACAAUCCAUUUGCUACGACAAGAUGCGAUCCUGGACUGUAUCUGUUUCAUGGGGCUAUGCGGUUCAAAUAUUUCGGGGCAUUUUCUCUCCUCGUGAAAUAGAACAGCCAGCCAGAACGUUCAUCAAUUGGUACAAGAAAGCUGACUUCAUUGGCUACGAAUUCAACACUCGUCCCGUCAGUAGACACCCUUGUCAAAAACCAUUUGUGUAUUACCUGACGAAUGCUGUGUACAACAAAAAUACAAAUCAUACAGCAACUGAAUAUGUUCGUGAUCAAGCGCCAAAUCCUCAAUGCAACUGGAAGAUGGCAAAUCCCUCUCGCAUUGACAGAGUACAAGUCUACAAAGCAUAUGAUCCGCAUAUAUGGGACAAGUCUCCAAGGAGAAACUGUUGCAGAAUCUUGCCAAGUAAAAAGAAGAAAGGUACCAUGGCCAUUGAGGUAGGAGCAUGCAAUGAAGAUGAAGUGGUUGAACUGAGGUAAAGUUUAUAUGAUUUUUAAGAGCCUUCCCCAGUCAUAAUUUUGUUCAUUUUUUCUAUAAUAAAAAAAAAAGAAAAAAAAGAAGAAAAGAUAAAAAAAGAAAAUUUAGUUACCAUGCAUGCCCUUGUAUUCGAAUAUUUAUGCUGAUUAAAAAAUGUAGUUUAGUAUAGAAAAGGUUGAAUUUACAUUCAAUAUACCUUCAUAUUAAUUAUCAUUCAUGCAUGUUGCAACUACAGACUUGCUCUCUUAAGGUUUUUAUUUUGAGGACCUGUGAGGACUAGAAGCACAUUAGUUAUAAAAUUAUAUUAGUUUAGAUUUAAAGGUUUAAAAUAUUUGACAAUAUAAUCUUAUGACUAAUAUGCAUUUGGUCAAAAU